CGGGGGUGUUCGGAAGGCGGCAUGGUUGAGGGCGGACCGCGGUUAACCCCUACUCGUCCAUACCGCACCACAUCCCUUGAAGAUGACUUUGUGCAACUCAGCGGGAUGUUAGAGCGGCUUCAUUCCUAUCCCGUAUCCGAAGAUGAAUCGAAUGUGGCGCAACGAAGCCCUACAUUCGGUGAAGACGCGGCAUUUAAGAACAAAGUCUGGGACGAUGCUAAGCUCGUAUCACCUAAGCUCAAGAGA